CGUAGUUUAGCGGGUCUCGACUUGACAACAUAGCCAAGUUUACAAGCAGUGUGUGUAAGUGUAGCAAUUCUGAUGGGAUUUAAAUAUUAUAUUGUGUAUUUUGUUUUAUUAGUUAACUCUACAACACACAAAUAUCAACACGAUUUUCGUAGUUUGGUACCGGCUCUCUGCCAGAGUUUGUUAAAAUGCUAACUAGCUGCUAAUGCUAAUAAGAGCUAACUAGGAGCUUUCUUGCUCUGUGCUAGAAAGCGGUUUCUGCGUUUAUUGUCAUCCCAAACGGCUCCCUAAUAGCAGAACCAUUCAGUACUUAGAUGGCGGUGGCUCCCGCCUCGAUGGCCGACAAGAUCAUAGUCCUUGACGAUGACGAUGAUGAAAAUGACGUAGAGCAACGACCUCAACCUUCAUCAUCUGUGCAUCGGCCCAAAAAUGUGUCACUACCUAAAAAUCAGCAUCUGGUACAAACCCACAAUACGCAGUCACCUUUUAGCUCAGCGAAGAAGAAUACAAAAGCUCUGCAGGUCGAGAACCAGAAGCUUUUUGACGAGUUUGUGCAGCACUGCACUCCUCUCACCACCGAGUGCCCAGAGGUCCUGACCUUCCUCCAAACCAAGCACAGCAAGGCCUGUCCGGACUACCUCUGCUCCGUGGAGUUCAGGAACGCUCUGGGUCAAUGUCUGACUCAAGCUCAGAGCAACGUCACCAAAACAUUCGUCUAUAUUAGCGAACUGUGCACCGUGUUGAGGCAGCACGCCGUGAAGAGGAGGCAGACACUCAGCAAGGUGGAGCCCUCUGCUUCUGAAUCAGGAAAUCAUCAGUCUACCUCCACAUCACUCAAAAGCAAAGAUAAGACGAAAGGAAGGACACCGGAGGAGGAAGAUGGUGUUAAGUCAGAGGAAGAGGCACAGCCUUCAGGAGAGCCGGGGGAAACCAAGGAGGAAAAUCCAGAAGCUGACAGGAAAGCCAGGAGGGCGCUAAGGAAACAGAUUGCGUACCUGGAGAACCUGUUGAAGCUUUACAACGAUGAGAUUUACCGGCUGCAGCAGGCGGAGCUGAGCUUAGACGACAUGGAGGCGGAGGACUCCACCUACAUCCAGGAGCACAAACUCAAGAGGAAGAUGAUGAAGAUCUAUGAAAAGCUGUGUGAACUGAAGGGCUGCAGCUCACUAACAGGCCGAGUGAUUGAACAGAGGAUCAGAUUCACUGGAACCCGCUACCCAGAAAUCAACAAGAGGAUUGAGCGCUUCAUCAACAGCCCAGGGACGCAAAACAGCCCCCCAAAUUACUCAGACAUCCUGCAUCAGGUGGAACGAGCGAACAAGCGCCACCGCCUUUGUUUGAACGCGGAGCAGCGGGAAGAGGUCGCCCGGGAGGCGUUCACGGAGACGGGAAAACGCGUGCAGGAGCGGCGCCACCUGGAUCUGGUCUACAACUUCGGCUCGCGCCUCACAGACACCUACAAGCCUGCGACGGACCCGGCUCUGAUGGACCCGUCUCUGCUGAAGAAGCUGCGCUCCAACAGGAUCACGGCUUUAUCCCGUCUGGAGGACGUCAUCAAUAAAUACGCUGUGAAACAGGACAUGGUGGACAAGGAGAAGCUCAGGAUGGACAAGGAGAAUCAAAAAGUAGGAGAGAAAUCAAAGACCCGGCAGACAAACGGAGCAGCUCAGGAUGAGGAGGAUGAGGAAGAUGACGGGGAUGAGGAUGAGGAUGAAUCUUCAGACCCGGACAUAGAGACAGAGAUCGAGGCCAGCACUCAGCAGCACGGCGCAGAUGACGAUGAUGAUAAUGAGGAAGACAACAAUAACGAAGCAGAUGAAGACGGCGACGACAACAAAGAGGAUCAAAGGUUGGACGAAACAGGAAGCACAAAGGAUGAAGACGAUCCGACGUCCGAUGAAACUCAGAUCUCGCCGAUGUCCGACAUCCGGUCGCCCAGAGACAGCCCCAGCCAAUCAGAGUCCAUGCAGACAGACGAACAGCCGCCAUUGUCCAAUGAGAGCCCAGCGGCUUUGCAGCAGUCUGAGGACUCGUCCAAUCAGGUGCCAGGGGUUCCUGAAACGGAUGACCCCACAGAUCUCCCAUCAUCCCCUGCAGCAGCAGUAACCAAUGGGAGUCCUUCGCCGGAGCAAAAAACUGUCACAGUGGAACAAAGCGACACGCAGACGAUCAACGGUACGUCUCCGGAUCCCGGCCCCAGAACCACCAGGAGCAAGAAGAGGAAGAGGGAGGAAAUGAUGUCAUCAAACUCCAGAAGCACGAAACAGAAGAUGAGUUCUGACAGCGACGCAGACAUCCCUCUGGACAUGGGCGUCAUUUGCUGCGGUUCUCCACAGAAGGAGGAAUCGUCUGCACUCGACACGCCCACUAAGAACCCGACCGUCAGCGUUCAGUCGACGCCGCCGCCCAAAAAGAACAAGGUUAACGUUGCGACUCAGUGCGACCCAGACGAGAUCAUCGUCCUGUCGGACUCGGACUGAAAACAGGAACACGUUGAUUUUCCAACGGUCUCCUGAAAAUAGGAUGACCUCUGCUGACCCUGGAGAACUGGAAGGAGAUGAUGAUCAGGGUGCAGUUUUUGCUUCCUGCCAGCAGGGGGCGCUGUGAUUGGUUUUCACUGCAGACCUCCAGAUGAUGCCUUGGUGGAGAAGACAUUUUUAUGACGUGGGUUUCAGUUUCUGCAGGGAUGAACUUCUGUCUGAGGGUGAUGAAGAGGAGGAGGAGGAUGAUGAGCUGAACGGUCGGACAUGUUGAGUUUUCCUCCUUGAAGGACCUCAGUUCAGGGAGCGGCUUAUCUGUUUACAUUUUCUACGUUUUCUCUGCAGACAGCAGGCGGGUUUGGGUUUGUAUAAAUUAGGAUUUCUGAUAUUCAUCUUCCUGAUUUUCUGUUUGUGCUGCUGGAGGCGACAAACUGCGAGGCGAUUGGUCGAAUGUUUGACGUAGCAGCAGAAAUACGUUAGUCUCAUUUUCCUCUCUCCCCCUAAAAGCAGAUUUUACCACAGAGUCAAUAAACAGCUCGCCAUAAAAUACUAAAACAAUCAAAUUUCAACUUUUUGUCAUCAAAUAUUUCAUUUACAUUUUUAAGUUGCUGUAGAUUUCAGACUUUGUUCUCCCUCUGUUGGUUCUUCCUUUAAAAAUGUGUGAAAGCACAUAAAAAAAUCAGGUUAUAAGAUGUAACACAAUCUGAUUGUUUAAUAAAAAUUUUAUUUACUAACAUGAAGGGAUAUUCUCACAUAGAUUUUUUCAGCUUGUUUUCAUGUCUUGCCUGCGAUGGCCUGUAUGGGCCACCGUAGAUAGAAAAAGGUCUAUUUUCAGAAAGUUUGAGAUGAAUCUCACAUUUUCUAGGAAAAACAAGGACACGUCUGAGUUUGAAAAGUUGAAAAUUUUCCAGAAACAAAUCUGGAAUCUUGAGAUGAAUCUCUAAUUCCUGGAAAAAAAAACUUGAAAAUGGACUUUUGGAGUUUCAAAAGUCCAAAUUUUAUACCUGAAAAUUUUUCUAAGAAAAUUGUCCCAGGUCUUUUUCCUAGAAAAUUUCUGGGAUUCAUUUCAGAAUUCCUGAUUUUUUUUCCUGGCAAAUAUUUUGACUUUUCUAGAAAUAAACUACCUCCCGACUCCGUUAGGGAGAAGGGUGACCGGAAAAUGGAUGGAUGGAUAGAAAUAAACUUAAAAUAUCUGGGAUCAAUCUGAUGUUUUGUUUUUUUCUUUGAAAUUUUCAACCUUUCAAACUCAGAAAUGUCCACUUUUUUUUUUUUUUAUUCUGGAUUUAGUCUCAAGAUUUCUUAAUUUUUUUCCUGGACAUGUAAACUUUAGUUUCUAUCAGCAUUGACCCGAUUGAUACUUUUCCCUUCUGCAGCCGACACUGAGCAUUAAAGUAGCCAACAUACCACCUGUUUGCAGCUGAAUGUUUUUACACCAAAAUGUAAAAAAUAAAUAUUCCUGGAUGCUUUGCAUAAAAUAUUCCUUAAAAUCUGAUUGGCAGAUGGAAAGUAAUAAUUUACAUUUCCUGUUGAUCCCUCAUGAUCCUGUUGCUCUGUGCAAAUCAGAAAUUAGAUAUUAAAUCUACAGAGGAUCAGUUUCUUUUGCAGGGGGGUUAAAAUUAAAACCUCUACAGUGUCAUUAAGAAAAAUUGCAGGAUUUAUGUUUGUUCGGUAAAAACAGAGAAACUUUGAAAACAUUCAUUAAAUUAGGGAGGCAGAAAUCAUAUUUUAGACUUAAUUAAUUUAGGCUAAAUUAUGGUUUAUUAAUCUAAAUGAAGCUUAAAUGAUGAUUAAAACUUAAAGAUGGUAUAAAAAUGUUGAUUAGUACCUGUUAUUUUUAUUAAAUGUUAAAAAUUUUCCCACUAUCAUCAGAAAUCCCUUUAUUGUUUUUAACGAAGUGUUUUUAUUCUGUCCUGCUGAAAGAGCUGAACUUUCUGGUUUGUUUUUUUUUAAUCCCUGGAUUAUUUUUAGAUCUGCUGUUGUGUAUCUGCUGGUGGGUUUGAAUGUCUUCAGGUUUUUUUUUUUUAUCCCAGUAAAACCUUUAGUGAUUAGGUUUUACCUUGUAGGUGAAUUUCUCUUUCUGGGGGUAGAAGCUCUUUUCAGAGUGAAAGGAUAAAGAUGUGAAUCGUUGUUUCUGCUACAGACUCUCCUCCUCUGUCCAGAGAAAUUUUCUUUCACUCACUGUGAAAUAUUUUCCUUUUUUUUUACUUUGAUAUGCAGAUAAAUAAUAAAACUUGCUAUAAAACAC